GUUUGAGCGGAAGUUGUUCGUGACAACCUUGGGUAGCUCUUGCAAGUAUGGCGAAUAAAGAGCCUAACAGGUUGCUGCAGAACCUAAAGGAUCUCGCCGGACGCAUGUCCUCUGGUUCAAAGGGUGCUGGGCUUGGUCUGAAGUUAUUAAUUGGAGCAGGUGCACUUGCUUAUGGAGUCAAAGAGGCCACAUAUACAGUAAAACCCACGAACCGCCACUGCUUCACUAUCUUCUCCACUGAUUUCAUGCAGGUCUCUCUGCUCAUCCGACGGGAGCUCUUUGAACGCGCUAAGGACUUCAACAUUAUUCUCGACGACGUGGCCAUCACAGAGUUGAGCUUCAGCAAGGAGUACACAGCAGCUGUGGAGGCCAAACAAGUUGCCCAGCAGGAGGCGCAAAGAGCUCAGUUCUUUGUGGAGAAAGCAAAACAAGAACAGAGGCAGAAAAUCAUCCAAGCUGAAGGAGAGGCCCAGGCUGCCAAAAUGUUAGGGGAGGCCGUCACAAAGAACCCGGGAUACCUUAAACUCAGAAGAAUCAGAGCAGCGCAGAACAUCGCCAAAACGGUGGCGGCUUCACAGAACAGGGUUUACCUGAGCGCAGAUAGUUUGGUUCUGAAUCUACAGGACGACUCUUUUAACAAAUUGUCUCUCGGAAAGAAGUAACCCAUUCAGAAGCCACUCUCAUUCCAGUUGUCAGAGGUUAUAUUACAAGUAACCGUAUGUGUCCUUUGAGAUGGCAUUUUCUGAUUGAGUCACAAAUUAUUAUGUCAUUCCGGAGAAGACUCAUUAAAUAUCUAAUGGUGUAGUCCUGGUUCGUUAAUUAAAUUUGACUCCACAAUUUGCUGGUUAUCAAGCAGUUUUGUGUUCAUCUUCAGCACAAUGAAUGAAGGCUACAGUGUACUGUACCAGAUCAGAUCAUUCUUUUCGACGGUGAUUGUUGUAACAGGAAAUGUGUCUAUAAAUGAUACAUUAGAUGAGCUCAAGGUUGGUUGAGAAAAAUAAAUCCAUCCAUUUUCUUAGGAAUUAUUUAUUUCUUUGUAUAAUUGUUUACAAUAUGUGACUCGAAAUGACAGCUAAUAAAAACUUUGCUAUUUCCAAUCAGUUGAAGUUCAUAAAGGCUUCAUGUUGGACAAUUGCCUUGUGUUUGGAUUAACCUGGAAUAUUUUAAUCCUAAAAAUGUGUUUUCAGUUGUAAGUAUGAAACGUUUUUUGGUAUUAAACUGGCCUGCCGCAUAAAAGCA